CUAUGACGUGGAGAGAACGGAGUGUAAAACACAACUUCUAGCUUCAUUCUCUUGGAAAUACAUUAUCAGGAGCUACGGACUCAGAACUAAAAUUGGAACUUGUAAAGAGAAGAGAACUAGUGAGAGAAAAUCAACAAAAAGCAACACAGACAAAUAUGUUCAUUGCUAUAUGUUUUAUAAUAGUGAAAAACCAAAAAUAAAUUUCUAUCAGUAGGAGUCUGGCUCAGUAAAUCUGGAUACAUUUAUACUAUAGAAAGUGGUAAGAUAGUUAAGAUAAGCACUCUCAAGACCUUGUUGAGAGAAAAAGAAGGUUGUAGAUUCUGUCCAGGAUGAGCCCUUGUGUAUGGGUCCCAUCUUUUGACCUGUCCUAUGUAUGUUAAUUCAUAGGAAGAGGUUGGAAGUGGUUACCAGUGUCCUUUCUGGGAAUGAGGUGGAAUUGGCAGGUUUGGGCCCAUGGGCGUGCUUCACUCGCUCUAGGCUUCUGUGUGGGGGGCAUUCCAUGAAAACACAGUCAUGAUUCUCAUUUGUAAUGUUGAAGCCCAAAAUUAUUGGAGAGGAAAAGACGGGUGAUGAAGAGAAAUUGGGGCAGUGGGUGAGAUUUGAGGUUUGGGGAAGGAAGACAAAGCGCUUGAGAUGAAUUCGGACAGUCGCCACCGGAGCCCAUGAUACUUGGUGAGGGGUGAUUUGGAGCUUAUGUAGUAUUGUACCAUAUUAUGUGUAUCCUGUCUAUGUGUAUGUGUCACUUUGAAAGGUUUGACCUAGAACAGAAGUCAAGAAAACCCAAGGAAUUGUGGUACAGCUUUCCCAUGUACCUUCUUUUGGUCUAUUUGUAAGUGUUGGGUAAGAAAAAUGUCCUAUCAUUAGAAACACGGAUUCACUUCUAUGCUUAUACUGAUAAUUCUGCCAUGGUAACAGAACAGGUGUGUCUACCACAGAAGUCCUCUCUCCAGCUCAUGAUAUUAUUUCCAGUUUGUUGGAUUUUCUUCUUCAGUCCGGAAGUGUGUUGAGUCCCCAUAGAGAGCUCUGUGCCUGGUGCAGAACAGACAAGGUCCCUGCUCUCAUGGAGCUUAUAGGGAGGGGGCAGAGGGGAAUGACAGUGAGGAGCUAAAAAUGUGUCAGGAAGUGAGACAACUAUAAUGGAAAUUAAGCAAGGUGAUGUGAUAGGGAGUAACUGGGGAACUACUUUAAGAGAAGUAGUUAGGAAAGACUUUUUUGAGGAAGUAAUUUAUAAACCAAUACGUGCAACAAGACUGAAAGGAGUCAGAUGUAUGAUCAGUUGGAAGAGCGGUCCAGGUAGAGGGACUAGAACAGCACCAUUAGGAUGGGCAAGAGCCUGUGGGACAUGAGUUUGCUGCGUGGUUGGGACUUAUCGGGGAUAGACAGAAAUAAGUUAGAGUGGUCUGCAGGACAGGAUCAUGUCAUGCCUUAAGGACAAGAUAAGCUGUCUGCCCCCCACCCCCCAACAACUGGCAUUCGGGUGAGUUCAAGGCCCUAAUCCAGUAGUACAGUGGAACUCACACCACCCUGAGCUCGGAAAGAUGGUGUCACAGUCUACAGGCCGACACGAUUCUCCAGUGGACUCAUGGGACAGGGACAACAAUGACCCUGGCGACAUUGAUGUUUCCCCCAGCCUCCUGGACACUGACCAGCCUCCUUGCCACUCAGACGUCAGAUUCAUGAGGCACAAAGCUGCCUGGAUUAACUCCCAGUGUGAGCAGCAACAGUCUCAGGAUUCGCCCCCUCGGGUGCCAACAGUGAGGAAGAGUGGGAACCACUUUGGAGGGGACACAGCCUUGCCCCUCAACCCCUCACCAUUGUUUCUCGGGGACUCCAUGGUGGAGACAUCACUGUCAAAGGAUACCACAGACUCUGCCCAGGGCUCAGGGGACAAGAGCAGCGACCUUUCUUUUACCUCAACGGAAGAGCAGGCGGUGUUCCUAGGACACUCUCCUCAGAUGUCUUUGUUCACAAGCUCCUCUCCUUGUCCUGAAGUAGACCGUGCUUUUCUGCAGCCUUCCCAACUGACAGCUUCCAUGGAUGAAGGUGCUGUUCAAGUCAGCAGAAGAACCACUUCUUUGAAUUCCUUCUCUCCGGAGGCAUUCCUGCUCCCUGUCGAUGUCGAAAAGGAAAAUGCCCAUUUCUAUGUUGCAGAUAUGAUUAUAGCAGCAAUGGAGAAAAUUAAGUGUACGAUCCUGAGUCAACAGCACACAGAGCCCUGGGGUGUGGAAGAAGCCAGUGGGGUGCUCGGGAAUGACCAAGCUGACUCCGAAGUCAUGUUUUAUACCAACACAAAGCAAGAAUCUGGGUCUUCCAAUUCUUCUGACAGUGGCUAUGAAGGUUAUGCUGUGUUACAGGGCAGCCCAGUGGCCGGGACACCCACUCACUCUGAUGUGCUGAAAGAAGCCUGUAAAUGUGACUUUGAUGACUUUGUUAUCAUAGAACUUGGUGAGUUUAGCAAUAUCACAGAAACCUGUGGGUGUUCCUGCAGCUCCUCGAAGAGUGUCAUUUAUGAGCCAGACUUCAAUUCUGCUGAGCUAAUAGCCAAGGAGCUGUACCGAGCAUUCCAGAAGAGCUGGCUGUUGUCAGACGUUAAUCAGCAGCCUGCAGGUCCUCCAAAUGCAGCUGGCUCGGUAGUAGUGAAUGAAGAGCGCAUCCGGAAAGACUUUGAAUCCAGUGUGGACGUCGUUCAGGAAAUUACCCUUAAGUCGAGGAUCCGAGGGGCUGAAGACUGGGAGCCCCCCAGAUUUCAAAUCAUAGUUAAUGUUCACCCGCCACUCAAGAAGGAACUCGUGGUAGCAGCCCAGAAUUUUUUGUGUGCUGGCUGUGGAACUCCAAUAGAACCUAAGUUUGUGAAGCGGCUCCGGUACUGCGACUACCUGGGCAAGUACUUCUGUGACUGCUGCCACGUCUACGCAGAGAGCUGCAUCCCUGCACGGAUCCUGACCACGUGGGACUUCAGGAAGUACUACGUCAGCAAUUUCUCCAAACGGCUGCUGGACGGUCUGGGUCCCCAGCCCGUUUUCAAUUUGCUGAGCAUCGGCCACGGCCUGUACGCCAAGGUCAAGGAACUGGACAGAGCGAGGGAAACCCGGGAACAACUUUUUCAUAUCAAGAAGCUGUUGAAGACCUGCAGGUUUGCUGAAAGUGCGCUGAAGGAGUUUGAGCAGGUGCCGAGGCACCUGACUGAUGAGCUCCACCUGUUCUCCCUGGAGGAUCUGGUCAGGGUCAAGAAACGGCUGCUGGUGCCCUUGCUCAAGGACAUUCUAAAAGCUUCCCUCGCGCAUGUGGCUGGCUGUGAGCUGUGUCAAGGAAAGGGCUUCAUUUGUGAAUUUUGCCAGAGUACAGCCGUCAUCUUCCCCUUUCAGACUGAGACGUGUAGAAGAUGUGCAGGGUGCAGAGCGUGCUUUCACAAGCAGUGUUUCCGGUCCUCCGAGUGCCCCCGGUGUGCGCGGAUCACAGCUCGGAGGAGACUUUGGCAAAGUUUACCUUCUGCAGCAACGUGAUGCUCGAGUAUUGUGGAAAAGACUGUUCAACAUGCCUUAGAACACCGAUUCCUGUCUAUCAUUGAUCAGAUUGUUGCAGAUGUUGAGUACUGUAUAUUAAGGGAAAAAAGUGGCCAAUAUUGUUUUUUAUUAUAUAUAUUUAAUGUUUUAAAAUGAAUGCACUUUUUUUGGUUAUUAAGCAUAGGUUUGUUCCUGGUGGUUUUGUUUACAAAUGUUCAGUGUUUUUGCUGCUGCUGGUUUUUUUUUUUAUGAGUUUUUUUGAUACUUCUUCAAUUGUAUUUGAGUGGUUGUAUGUAGCUGAUAUUGGAGCCUAUUUUUGUAUGAACUGUAACUGACAAGACAAAUGACUCCGUUUGUCUUUCUUUCAAGCUUGUUUUGUGAAACGGAUUGGUACUCUCAGUGAACAAAAAUGUAGCCAACAAUCUGUCUACUCCCCGUUUUUUUUCUGACUUAAGUGCCGUUUCGUAAUUAUAUCCGUUUUGUAAUCAUGUUAUAGAUUUUCCUUGCUCCAGGGUGGGUAGAGAGAGUACACGUUACUUCCGCAGGUGCACCCAUUUCAAGACGAGCGGGAGUUGCUCAGCGGUGCCUGGAGCUGCUGUCAGAAGCAGGUGCCUCUACGCCGCACCCUUAGAGACACACAGACCCUCGCAGCACUUGUCAUCUCUCUUCUGAACACUGAGUCAGGGAUUCGCGGCUGGGUAGAACUUCAUCCCUGCCCUUUAGGAUUUUGUCUCAUCAGUAUAAAACUGAACAUAAGGUAUUUACAGACUUAAGUCGUGGGAAACUACUGUUAAUGAACAAUGUGAUUUUAGGAAUAAUAAAAUCAUAGACAUCAAUUAAAAAGGCGAGGCAAAUUGCUAAACUGUUAUGAAUUUAUUUUUCCUAUAUUCUUUUAUUUAUAUGCUUUCUUGAGACACACGAGUCUGUUUUUGGUUGUUUGUUUGUUUCCGUUCUACCUCCUGUAUACUCUCGCCUACUUGAGAGGUGUCCUGGGCCCAGGUCCCUUUCCAGCACAUCUUUGCCUAAACCCCAUCCAGUUGUGUGUGUGUGUGUGUGUGUGUGUGUGUGUGUUGUAUUCAGUAGGAUAAUAUCGAACAAAUGAAAGAAAUGAGUGUGUCUACCAAUCCCACCAAUCUCAUCCUGUCACUUGUUUUCAUAUCCUAGAUGCACCUGGGACUGUGCUCUCAUUUAUUGUUUAAGCCAGGCCUCUCUCUCUCUCUUUUUAAGAUUUUAUUUAUUUAUUUGAAAGAGAGCACAAGCAGGGGGAGUGGCAGAGAGAGAGAGAGAGAGAGGGAGAAGCAGGCUCCUCACUGAGCAGGGAGCCUGAUGCAAGGCUCGAUCCUAGGACCCUGAGAUCAUGACCUGAGCCGAAGGCAGACUCUUAACCACCUGAGCCACCCAGUCAACCCAAGCCAGGUCUCUUUCAAAUAGAAAUUUAGGUACAUGAGAUAAGAUAAAUAAGAUCGAAUUUAAACCAGUGUUUUAUUCCUACCUGUAGCUUAUAUUCAUUCCUUCUUAGGAAUCAAGAGUCAGAGUGCUCUGUUAAUAAUCCUUAUACCAUCUCUGUGAGUUUGUGGCAGCAUCUUCAUUUCACAAGCAAGACAACAGGCUGAGGGAAGAAAAACGACCUAAGUCCCCAGAGGUGGUGCACGGGAGAGCUAGCUUUGGCAUUUGAGUCCACCUGCCUCCAAAGCCCACAUUCCUAGCCCCUACCCAUGUGGUACCGUUUUGAGAUAAUAGAAGCAAAACCAAUCCGAGCUUGUAAGUGCUGGUCAAACCUUAGCUAGCGCCAUGGGGCUGAGGGCUUUCUCACUCACACUCUUGUGUUGAUUUGAGGAACUUUCUGCGGCUUCCUCACUGCCUGAAGGGCUCUGUGUCCAGGCUGCUGUGUUCGCAAGGCACCGGAAUGUGGACCGUGCGGGAGACACAUCUCUGACGUUGAGGAAGGAGGAGUGCCCAGCAGCUGCCAGGAAGUGAUGCCUUUGAUGUUUUAUUUUGAGGAAGAAUGAGGCAGUAUGAGUAGCCACUCUGUGGGUUUGGCUGAGACUCGGUCCCUCCCCACUGUGGUCACAGAUGUUUCUUCCCAGUGAGGUGCCCGUUAGAACCCAGAAGUGGCCUCAGGGCAUGUGCAGCGGCCUGUGGGGAAGUGAUCAGUUGUGACAUAC